AUGGAGACUUAUGUAGCUAGCUUCCCAGUUUGGAAGAUCCCCUUCAAGGAGGUACACCUGAUGCAGGUAGACCUCAAGGCCUACUGCCUCGCCCUGCAGAGGAAGGUGGAGGCCUGGUGGGCGCGGCCCCCGGAGGAGGCAGCCCCGGCCAAGGUGCCCCCCAAGAUGGAGAGGUGGGAUGGUGGCUGGACCAGGAGGGGUGCCCCCGAGCCAGCCGCUGCACUUGGGGAUGCUGAAGUUGGAGGAACCAAGCAGCUGGGCCUUUCCUCUCCGGCUCUCCCGGCGACACCUGGGGCGCCAAACCCCCCAACCGGAGAAGCGGCACCCGCUGUUGGGGCUGGGCGCUUCCAGUAUUUGGCGCUGCAAGCGAUCCCACACUCCCAUUUCCAGCAGAGGAAGGACUGGUACAAGAACACUGACCAGGACCUGCGCGAUUACGUGGUGCAGAGGCUGGUCCAUGCCAUCUUCCCCACUCCUGACUUGGCCCUCCUGAAGAAUCACCAGGUGGAGAAGGUGGUGUCCUACGCCAAGAAGGUGGAAGGGGACGUCUACCAGUUGACCAACCACUGGGAUGUGUAUUGCUGCCUCAUUAUGGUGAAGCUCUUCAAAAUAGAGAAGGAACUGAGGGAGAAGAGGGCCCUCCGGGGCCACAAGCAAGGCAUCGCGGACGCCCAGGCCUCGCCCAGGGGACCAGCCCAGCCUGCGGUGCCUCUCGGCAGUCAGCUGGCCGCCCCGGGAGUGCCUCCGAGCCCCACCCAGGACCCCCCAGGUGUCCCUCCGCUGAACCCCAUGUCCAUUUGGACCAUCCAGAUCUCUCCCAUUUUGCUGGACCUCCUGGCGGCCCCCCAGACAAGCCCGCCUGCUCAGACCCACGGCGAGGAAGCGGCUCCGGCGGUGCCCGCCAGUUCCCCUUGGCUGCCUCAGCCCCAAAGUGCAACAAGGGCCUCUUUGGGCACCUUCCCGAGCCCUCCACCGGCCCCCGGCCAGUUCCUUCCCCCGCAUCUGUUUCCUGCCCCCCUUGGAGCUCUGGACGCCAGCCUGGGCAUCCUGGGGGAAUCGGCUCCACAGGACGGAGGAGCCCAGGGCCAGGACCCAGGCUCCCCCCCACUCUCACUCUGUGCCCGCCGUGACCCUUCUGCCUCCUCACGCCUUGCCAGGGGCCCAGAGUCAAAGUGCAUCCUUGGGGCCGAUGCCCAGCAGCAGCCCCACCCACCCUGCCCGAAGUCAGCCCCGGGCCCUGGCACCCUGGGGGACCCCCACUUUGGGACCAGAGAGGCUGCCUCCCAUGGGCUGCUGGGUAAACGCCGGAGACUGGCCGAAGGGGGCUGGAGUGCCUCCCCUGCUGGCCCCUCCCCUUUGGCCCUCCCCGAUGCCCCGGCGCAGCCACCUCCGGUGACCCUCGAGUCCCUUCACCGUUUGCUGGAAGACUUGCGCAUCUCUGUCCUCCGCAACCUUGGGGCUGUCCAUAGGCAGAUGGAGGCCCUGGAGAAGAGGAUCCACAUGCUGGAGCGCUGGCGGGCAGAGACGGAGGGGCGCCAGCAGCUGCCACCACCAUAGCCGAUGGCUGGGCUCCCUUCCUCCCCUUGUACAGACGCCCUGUUCUAAGGACGGUUCCGCCUUUGCUUCCCUUUGUAUUCCUCAAACGUCAGACAAUUUUCACUCUGCUCCUUGGAUGGCAGCGUCUGGUUGCUGAGACGGGCCUCCCCAGCAUGUCACCCCGUGGUUCGUCCGGUGCCGGGUGGCCCUGGAGCCCAGUGCUGGGGGAAGGGAUGGCCUCUGAAGCCGAGGCCGCUCCAGAAACUGCCCAGCCGCCUCUGGGCCCCGGAGAGCAUUGGGGACGAGUGGGGGAGGCACAACAUUUGGGA